AUGCUCCACCAGCAGUGUCGGAACGGGCGCAACUUCCUUCACGAGAACCGACUGGUGAUGCGCUACCCACUGGCCGUUCCAGUGGCUCAGCCGUCGGUGAGGCACAACUACGAGAUGCCCACGGCGGCUUCGCUGGCCAGGCACUCGGCGCCCACCCACAACAGCGCUCUGGGCGAGCGGUCUAGGCGCACGGCACUUCCCCGCACAUCCACAGCCAGCGCCACCGCCUCGUCGGAGAAGCAAAUCCAGACGGACGACAUAUGCGACGAGCUGUUUCUCAGCGCGGCCCUGCUCAAGUGUACCGAGCACGGGCAGUCACGGGCCACGCAAACUUUCCUAGAUAUCGAGGGAGCCUUUAACAACGACAUACCGGGAGCCAUCACGGAGGCCCUGACUGACCUGGGAUUUACUCUGCCCACAGACACACACACACUCACACAGCCAGUGACUGGUACGAAAGCCAGUUGGCUCCCUGCAACGCCAAUAGAAGCAACCGCUGUCAUCGAAUCUGCAACCGGAACCAAAAACGGCACCGCAACAUCCACAGCCCAAGCUACAACACGACGACGGCUGUUCAAGCCAAACAUUGGCUACGAGGCCGAAAAGGAGACGGAUGCGAUUGUGAGUAGAGCCCGUGAACUGGAUAUGCUGGAGGAACUGGAGAACGACUAUCUACCGGGCACGCCCGUUAACAAGCGCCUGCAAGAAGUGAAGAAGGACAUGGGGAUUGGGAAGAACACCCAAGUAACGCCCAAGGCCAGCCCCAUUCUGAAGCUGUUGGCACCACAAACCGCACCCCCCAAAGCGAUCUCCAGGAAAAUAAAAGAGCAACCAAAGAGGAUCGAGGGCAAAUGCAGUUUCCUAAAAUCGCUGGAGGGAGAGGUCAGCCGCGAGUGCAGCGACAAGGAGGCCCUCUUCUAUCGGGAGAACUCUGCCAAGAACAAGGAACAGCUGGCCGAGCGACUCUAUAAGAUGUUCAAUGCGGACGUGUUCAACAAUGAGCUGGACGUGACAAUCACAUGGUCGAAGCGGCUGCGCAACACGGCUGGACGAUGCCUGAAUAAGAGAAAGUUCUGUAAACUCGCCAAACGCAUCAGCACGAUCGAGCUCAGCGAAGAGGUGCUGACCACAGCUGACAGACUCCGAUCUACGCUCAUCCACGAGCUGUGCCAUGCCUCCACCUGGGUGCUCAACAACGAGGGUGGACACGGCCGUGUGUGGAAGAACUGGGCCCUUUGCGCCAACAAAAAGUAUCCAGAGCUGCCCGCCAUCACUGUCUGCCACAGCUACAGCAUUGAUUAUAAGUACACGCACAAAUGUGAGAGCUGCAAUCUUGACUCUAACUCCAGAUCUCGCAAGGUGGAGAAUCUCCGCUGUCGCAUAUGUCGCGGCCCCGUCGUUCUGCUGCUAAACAAAAAGGACAAGUUUGGCAAUACCGAGUCGAAGCCGGCGGGCGAGGCCAAGGGCUUUGCUAAGUUUGUUAAAGAUAAUUUUAAGAAGUACAAGCAGGCCAAUGUACCACAUAAGGCGGUCAUGAGCCUUUUGAGUGCGGCAUAUGCCAAGCAGAGGGCGAAGAGCAUAAAAAGGAUAAGAGAAUGUGGCGUCCCAGGACGGGAAAACCGGCACAAGACCAGAAAGGGCGGUGAUGGAACUGCAAGAUCCGGAGGAAGGGGCUGUAGGAGGCCAGCCUCCAAGUCACAGAGACCGCGAGAUACCCAGCGAACUGAGAUCGGCCGUAAAUGUGGCGAUAGCUCAGGCUCAGGAGACGUAUCAGCGCUCAGAGCCUCAAUGCAAGCGGAUAUGCACGAGUUCAUGAAGGGGAUAAACGCGGUAGUUGGCUCGCUGAAAGCGGAUAAAAGGAAUAGAGGAUCACACAACACCAGUCUGGGAGGAGGUCCGCAAGAGAUACCCGCGAACCAACAGGCACAACCGACACACCUGUUCGUGGACAACCGGACGUUGGAAGCCGAACAGAGACCGAGCAUGGAGCAGAGACCCGUUGAGGACUGGCUGUUCAACGUAAGGGGCCCGGGAGCACAGACAAAUGUGAAUAGGAGUCGGCCCAGUUACGGAGAGGCCAGGCAGGAGCCGGUGCAAAUAAGGAGAUGGGGACUGAGCUUUGACGGCGAUCCGAAGGGGAUGCCGGUAUCGGAGUUCAUAUUCCGAGUGGAGCAUUUGCAGACGGUGUACCAGGUAGCAUGGGCGGAAGUGCUGAAAGCUUUUCACACUCUGGUUACGGGCCUGGCGCGGCGACUGGCCUAG